GUCGACCGCAGUGCGUGGUGAAUUUCGUAUCUUAACUUAGCAUCAUGAGACCCAUAUUAUUGCAAGGUCACACUCGUUCUUUGACACAGAUCAAGUACAAUCGUGAAGGUGAUCUUCUCUUCUCUGUCUCCAAGGACAAGAUUGUCAACGUUUGGUACUCUCAUAAUGGCGAACGUCUUGGAAGUUAUUCCGGCCAUCAAGGUGCUGUCUGGACUGUAGAUGUCAACUCAACCAGCACUAUGGCUAUCACUGGAUCCGCAGAUAACACAGCAAUGUUGUGGAAUGUUCAGACCGGAAAGUGCCUCAAGACCUGGGAGUUCAAGACCGCUGUUAAGCGAGUUGAAUUCAACGAAGAUGAUGAUAUGGCUUUGUGCGUCACUGAGGAACGUAUGGGUUACCCAGGCACUGUCACAGUUAUCAGCAUUAACCCUGAUCUCGAAGCUGCACAAUCCGAUGAGCCCGUUGCCACUAUCGUCAACGAUGGCGGCCCCAAGGCUGUCGUCGCCGGCUGGACAUACCUCAACAAAUUCAUCAUUUGCGGACAUGUUGAUGGAAGCAUUACUCAAUGGGAUUGGAAGGCAAACGAAAAGCUCAACACCAUUAAGCCACACUCUGAAUCAUUGACUGAUAUUCAGUUCAGCACUGACCGCUCAUACUUCAUCACCUCAUCCAAGGACAAAUCUGCAAAGAUAUUUGAUACCAUCACUUUGGACGAACUCAAGAAGUAUGAGACUGAUACACCCCUCAACUCUGCAUCCAUCACCCCCAAGUUCCAAGAGUUUGUUAUUGUCGGUGGUGGUCAAGAUGCCAUGAACGUCACAACCACUUCUGCACGAGCAGGAAAGUUCGAGUGCAGAUUCUGGCACAAGAUCCUCGAAGAGGAAUGUGGUAGAGUCAGAGGUCACUUUGGUCCUAUUAAUACCAUCGCUGUGCAUCCAGAUGGCAAGGGCUUCUCAAGUGGUGGUGAAGAUGGUUAUGUUCGCGUUCACACUUUCGAUUCUGAUUACUUCAAGUUCAAGAGCGAUCAUUAGACCUUGGAAUACUAUUUCUUCGUUAAUGUUAGAAUUCUUCAUCUCCCACUGGCCCCACGUCUACCAGAAAAGAAAAUCAUCACCCUUAAAAAAAAAAAAACCAAAGUAACUCCAAAUUUACAGUGUACAUUUCCGUUUUUCUUUUACAAAACCCUAUUUUUUUUUCCCCUUUCUCAUGUUCAAAUACAACUGGAAAACCGAGAAUUGACAAAGUGUGUGUGUUAUAAGCUGGGCC